AUGAUUUUCUUGGAAGCCUCUUCAAAAAAUAUUCUAAAGGAAAUUAACAAUACUGAGACAUCUAAAGAUGUAAACGUAUUAGAUGUAGAAACCUUAAAAAUUGAUACUACUGUAUCUUUAAGCUUUGAUAUAGACACUGAGGAAAGUACAUCUACUGUUUUUAAAGACUACAAAUCUUUUACUGAUUCUGUGGAAGGUAAAGUAACAAAACAAAAGGAGCCACAAUUCAAUCCAUACGAAGAUAAUUCAGGAACAGCUGUAGCUAUAAAACUUAAUGAUCUUAUUAUAGUAGCCGCUGAUACACGACACUGCUCUGAAAUGGGUAUUUAUAGUAGAAAUACACCUAAAAUAUACUAUAUCGGAGAUUAUUUAGUAACUAUUACAGGUUUUUAUGCUGAUGGGAUAGAAUUAAUUAAUAUACUAAAAUAUCAAGUACUUCUUUAUGAGUCAUUUAAUAAAAUAUCAAUUCAUAGUCUUGCUAAUCUGGCUAGUAAAGUUAUGUACUCUAAGAGGCUGUUCCCUUACUACUCAUAUGUGACUUUAAGUGGAUUCUGUGAUGGUGAACCAUUUGUAUAUUCAUUUGAUUGUUUGGGGCACUUUGAAAAAGUUAGUACAGUCUGUAAUGGAAGUGGUGCUUCUUUUAUACAGCCUUUAUUGGAUUCACUAAUCGAAAAAAAGAACUGGAUAGGAGAAAGUCCUGUAGUUGAUGAAGAAUACACUAAAAGUGUAGUGAGAAAAGCCUUUGAUGCUGCAUCUGAACGAGACGUAAAAACAGGAGAUUAUCUUGAGAUGUACGUUGUGCGUGAAAAUGGUGCAGUUAAAAGUGUUGAAAAAUUGAGACAGGAUUAA